CGGCACCACCCAACCCACCCCCCGCGUUCAACAUCCACUCCUUCGGCUCACACCAUUGUAAAACACGCCGUCCUUCCACCGACCGCAGACUCCGCCGGAGGAGAUCACGCAAAACAUGCUCAGCGGGACUCGGCUCUAGUAAGACCGGAGUGGCUCGUCGGGGGGAGCAUCCUUUCAAACAUCCUAGGCAUCGAGGCUCUCGGGGCAAGCGCGGAUGUGCGCGCUGAGGAGCCGCAGAAGUCGCCUCUGAAAGCGGGUCGCGAUAGAGCCAGCAUCCCCGGAGCAAAGGGAGGAAAGCGCCCAGCAUCCUUGUAUCCCUCUCCGGCUGUCCUUGCACCCCGGCCCGGCUAAUAGGAACAACGAGGACAUCCUACCGUCGGUAGAGUGCUAUAUAGCGGGUGUGAAAAGCGACCCGAGCGCCGCUGUAGUCACUGCUGACAAGCCCCCCCAAGAAAAGGAUCGGCACAUCCUUGCUCAAGCUGUCACCAUGGGCAAACAGAACAGCAAACUGAGGCCAGAGAUGCUUCAGGACCUGAGGGAGAACACAGAGUUCUCGGACCACGAACUGCAGGAGUGGUACAAGGGUUUCCUGAAGGACUGUCCCAGUGGAACAUUGAACGUGGAGGAGUUCAAGAAGAUCUACGCCAACUUCUUCCCGUACGGCGACGCAUCCAAGUUUGCUGAACACGUCUUCCGAACAUUCGACACCAAUGGCGACGGUACAAUAGACUUCCGGGAGUUCAUCAUCGCCCUGAGUGUGACGUCGCGGGGCAAGCUAGAGCAGAAGCUCAAAUGGGCCUUCAGCAUGUAUGACCUUGACGGCAAUGGCUACAUCAGCCGUGAGGAGAUGCUGGAGAUUGUACAGGCUAUCUACAAGAUGGUCUCAUCUGUAAUGAAGAUGCCAGAGGACGAGUCCACGCCUGAGAAGAGGACGGAUAAGAUCUUCAGACAGAUGGACCUCAAUAAUGACGGUAAGUUGUCCUUGGAGGAAUUCAUCAAAGGUGCCAAAAGUGACCCCUCCAUUGUCCGACUACUCCAGUGUGACCCCAGCUCAGCUUCUCAGUUCUGAACACCCCCCAAUUUCCCCCCUACCAGGAAGCCCGCUUGGCACCCCCCUCACUCCCUCUUAUCCUCUUUGUUGCUAUGACAACAGUCAUUGAGGAUAAAUGCAUGACGUUUCUCUCAUAUCUUUUUUUUCCAAAAUAUGUGUGUAUGCAAAGAGAGGGAAUUUAAGAAGGAACGUAUCACUGUCAUCUGUUUAUUUUUGUAUAUGUCGAAUAUCAAAGGACAUGCACGUAUGUAUUGAUGGCAGCAGUUCAUGUUUCGAAAAGGCUCUCUUGCUCUGGAACAUGAGCAGUCUCUCAUUCAGCACACAUGUAUAUCAUGUAUAUAUCUAGAUAUAUAUAUCAUGUCUAAUGUGUAUCAUAAAAUGGAGCUCAUUUGCAAAGGCAGUACAGUAUUAUGUUGUGUAGCCUCAUGGUGUUAUUUGUAUGGGCUGCUGGGGCAAAGGGAAUUUUAAUUUAUUUGUAUUUAGGCAAUUUCAUUUUGAAAUACAUUUUGAAUGCCAUUACUGUGUUUCUGCAAAUAGUGGCCGGUGUUAUUCAUUUACUCACAUGCAGACCAACGGAUGUGUUUAUUUAAGGGAGAGGCCUUUAUUUUUACACACACUUUUGGACUAAUAUUAAACAAUAUUACUGAUUCAGUACAAUUCAUGUUGAGUGAAAUUGGAGUAUCGCACUUUUGACCACUUACUAUGACUUCAAAGUGUAUACACUGGAAUUCAUUUGCGAGACUGUUAGUGUACCACUGCUUUGGGUUAGCAUGAUAUCAAAUUGACUCAGUAGGUCACUCGUAAACGAUGUAAUUAUACGUUACCUGUAUAAUAAUCGAAAAAAGGAGGCGUGCAUUUGGAGAAAGGCAUUAAUUUGCUCAAGUGACAUCUACAUGAGUCGAUUUAAUGAAAUAUGCUAUUGUUUUGGGGUUGUUUCUGUCAUCAUUAUGGUUUGUCCAUUUUUAUGUUUGUGUUUUGUACAUAAUGUGUUCAUGUGAAUUUGUACAUUUCAAUUGCUGUUGUAUUAAGUAUGACCAUAUUGGAGUUUACCAUGACAGAGGAGGAAAUUAGAAAAGGUAAAGUUAAGAUGGUUGAGAUCAAAUGCCGAUCAUGCAUUUCACAUUAAAAAACAAACAAAAAAGUAGCACACUUUGUGUUUGCACAGUAUCAAGUCUGAUUAUGCGUUUGCAUGUUGAUAUGUAUGGAAUGCUUGAGGUUCAUUUGAACAGUGUUAUUAUUAUUAUAAGAUAAUUGUAAUCCAUCAACAUUGCAUGAACCCAUAAA